UUUACACCGGAGUAUAUGCAUUCUGUGUGUCAAGGAGUAGUCCGUCAACUGUGCAAUCUUUGGCUUGAUUCGAGAAACCACGAAAAGAACUUUUAUUUGGGAAGAAACGUCGAGCUAUUAGAUGAACGUUUGUCUGUAAUAUGCCCGCCUUCUGAAAUAACUAGAGCCCCUAGAUCAAUAAAAGAGCGAAAAUUUUGGAAAGCGUCGGAGUGGCGAGCAUUUCUUUUUUAUGGUCUUGUGGUUCUAAAUGGCUUGCUUCCUCGUGAAUAUUUAGAGCAUUUGUUUUUGCUAGUACAUGGUGUACAUACAUUACUUGGUAAUAGAAUUAGUGAUGAAAUGUUAUCACGAGCCAACGCAUGCCUUGUUAAAUUUGCAACUGAUAUGGAAAAGUUGUACGGUUUGACUAACUGUACAUUCAAUGUACACGUUAUGACGCAUUUAGCGGAAGGCGUAAGGAACUGCGGGCCACUUUGGGCUACUUCUGCCUUUGCAUUCGAAGCCAACAACCACUUUUUGCUGAAAAUGUUUAAUGGUACCCAAUAUGUUCCACAACAGAUUUGCGAUACUUUUAUACUGUCGCAGAAACUACCAGGUAUUGGGAAAGAGUGUAUUCGUGAUGACGCAUGUCCAAGAGUAAGGCACUUGUUCAAUAAACUUUCCAAAGACAAAAUUCCUACAAAUAGUGAACGGGCUCUUACUAGAGCUGUUACUGGACUUGGAAAUGGACAAGCUGUUCGUCUCACACCAUCUGAGACCAUUUCCGUGGCAAAAAUGAUUAACAGAGACGUUGCCAAUCGAUCAGCUACUUUUUAUAACAGAUUUAUUGUAAAUCAUGUGCUAUACACUUCGGAAAGUUAUACAAGAUCCCAAAGACACCAUGAUUAUUAUGUGCAAAUCGACAGCUUAACUACCAAGUAUGGUAUCGUUGUUGGGCUUUACCGUGUACAGCCAGACUGUCAAUGCAGCACUGCUGAAUUACAGACAUGCCAGUGCGAAGUAUAUUAUGUUGUGAUUGUGAAAAAACUUGAUUUGUGUGGAAGAAGACCGCUAUUUUCCAACAAAGAAUGUGGUGUUACUUCACAUUUCGUAAGAGAGUGUACAAACAGAGACCAAAUUGUGGCUCUCAAACCUGACCAAAUUAAAGACAAAGGCGUACACUUAAAACUACGAAACCGAGACUUUUUUUUUUGAAUUGCCAUGUAAGUUUUACGGCGAUUAACUCAAAAUAGAAAGGAUUGCUGUUGUCUUUCAUUUUUUGCAAGUUUGAGAAUACUCGACUGGACAGAUAUUUUAGAUACACAGUAUUUGUUGCAUGUUGUAUAUAUGACGCGUAACUCAAAACAGAUAACUUCUCGUAUAUCGUACAAAGCUUUGCUUAUAAUGCAUGCCACUACAUAUGUUUUAAAUUGUUUAUAAUCAUUAAUUUGUACUAUAGCUCUUUUGGAAUGUGUUGUUUUAUUCAUAUCAUACAGAAAAAUAUGUAAAUUGCAUUUCACUGUCGUAACAGUCAACAAGACAUUCCCAAAACGAUUUUUUUAUUACAAAUGAAAAAAUCCAA